AUGCAGCCCUUCAGCCCUCUCCUCCUCCUCCUCCUCCCCUUUCUCCUUGAUAGUCUGGGGUCCCGGGCAGCUCCCUCAGCAUCUCUACCUGUGGACUCCGACCUCCAGGGCACAGCCCAGCCCUCUGGGAUGCCCACUGGUGCUGUAGAAAAUUCUCCUAGAGAUGAACCUUCCCCAGGGUACCCUGCACCCACCCCUCCUGAGCCCUCCAAGACACCACCCUCAGCUUCCCCUGACAUCACCAUAAAAAGCUUGCUUGAGACCCCUGGCUCCAACCUUUCAAAUUCUCCAGAGACUCCCACGCCUGAGCAGCUUACCACCUCAGGAGCAAAGUCUCAGGGCUUUUCAUGGAUGAGCCUUUCCACAGCAGCACUCCCCAAAUCUCCUGAGACCCCCAAGCCUGAUCUCUCUGGACCUUCCCAGUCUGGAUUGCCUGAAACCCCAAAACCUAAUCCUUCCAAAUCAUCCCUCCCAGACUCCCCUGACCCGACACCAACUGCACACCACGAAUCCCCUAAAAUCCCUGAAGGAGAUACCCCCAAACACUCACCUGGUGAAGGGCCAAAGAGACCAAGUCCUAGCCCCACCCAACUCCUCAGCUCCAAAUCCCUGGAGACCCAUGACCCUGGCACCACCAGAAACCUAAGUUCUGCAUUGCCAGCACCCACCCACCCUGACCCUGCACACCCUCCCCAGUCAGCACUUCUCAUGGCCCACAGCUCCAACCCCACUGACAUACCCACGACCUACAACCAAAACGCAACAGGGAUGGCUGUGACCGCUGCCUUGGAAGUCACCACUAGUCUUCCCACCCAAACAACAACCCUGUGGGAGGAAGCCACCACUCCCAGUGAGCCAGGCUUUAGUCCCACCCCAGAAGCCCCUGCUGCCACCCCAGCUGCCACCACUGGCUUGUCCACCUCAGAUUUCCUAGGGACCAAAGAGCUGAGCGUGCCCCAGAGCUCAGGCCCCAAGGGGCCAGCUCUCCCUCCUCCCUCAGCACGGAUUGCAGGGCCCCCUGCUCCUCUAGAGCCCUCCAAUCAGGUUGCCAUGCCUCAGGCCCCUCAGAGACACAGCCGAGGAGAGACGGUCAAUACUAUCAUCGUGGUGGAGCAUGUGAAGGAGACUGGUGUGACUCUGGUCAGCCGCCCCAGAGGCUCGGUCGGAGGGGCUCUAUGCCUGUUUUUCGCGGGGACAGGGAUGCUAAUUGGUGUCUUCCUGCUGUUGUGGUGUCUCUACCGCCGGGCCUCCAGACACAGGUCCUUUGCACACCACCGGCUCCAGGACAGUGGGGAUGAACCAGUCCUGCACCUGGAUGCCCCGAAGGACCCGCUGGACCUCUACUUCUACGCCCCGGAUGUGUGGGUGCCCUCGCACAUCGCCACGCAGCAGCCACCUCCCACGCCCCCGCUGCCGCCCAAGCUGCCCCCUCCGCCCCGCGGGCCGCAGCGCCUGGAAGCCCUGUCGCCCGCCGCGCUGGCCCCCAACUUUGUCUGA